AUGCGGCAGCUCAUCUAUGAUGGCUUGAACAAGACGGCGAAAGAGGCAAAGGUAAAAGAAGUCAUUGGCAUCGCUAUUUCAACAAAGGAUAUCAUCACCAAUGCUGUUCAGGCUGUCCCACAAGCCGCCCUUGCCUGGACCGGUGUAUGCGUGGCGCUUGAGAUGAUGCAAAACCCUAUAGCGGCAACAAAGGCCAACCGUGAUGGUAUCGAAUAUGUUAUCAAGAGAAUGAACAUGUACUGGGAAUUAUCUGGUGUUGCCUUAAAAGAUAAUGCCAAUGAUGGCCUUUCGGGCAUCCGGGGCGAGCUGGAAGCCCAAAUAAUUAAUCUUUACAAAGCGCUCCUCACAUAUGAGAUAAAAAGCGUCUGCUCAUACUACCGCAACCGUGGUUCUGUAUUGCUACGCGAUAUAAUUAGCCUCGAUGACUGGAACGGCGAUAUACAAGCUAUCAAAGCCGCGGAGCGUGUCUUUCAUGACGAUUUCGCAACAUUUGCGAGGCUAGAAACGGCCUCCGAUAUUAAACAGCUGGUCACUCAUGUGAAGGAACAGUCUACUGCCCAGAUAACAAAGGAAGACCAGCAAUGUAUGAGGGAUUUGCGCCUAAGCGAUCCUUCCGAUGACAAAAAACGUAUCGAGCAGACCAAGGGCGGUCUAUUACAGGAAUCAUAUACCUGGGUUCUGGGCAAUCUCGAAUACCAGCAAUGGCUGGAUUCAGAAGACAGCCGAUUGCUUUGGAUUAAAGGGGAUCCUGGCAAAGGCAAGACUAUGUUACUUUGUGGUAUCAUCAACGAACUCAGCAGUCAAUCAAGCCAUUCGGGUCAUGGUGUAUGCUACUUUUUCUGUCAGGCUACCGACCAACAACUCAACAACUCUUCUGCUGCCUUACGUGGCCUAAUCUUUAUGCUUGCGAAACAGCAGCCAUCACUUAUUUCUCAUAUACGAAAGAAGUACGACGAGGCUGGCAAGAAGCUCUUCGAGGGACUAAAUACUUGGAUCGCCUUGUCAGAUAUAUUUACCGCUAUUCUCCAGGAUCCAACGUUAAAGAGCACAUAUUUGAUCAUUGAUGCUAUCGAUGAAUGCGCAUCCGACUUUGAGAAAUUAUUGGACCUAAUCGUGCACGCCACUGGCAUCAAUGCUGGUGUGAAGUGGAUUGUGUCCAGCCGAAACUGGCCUAAGAUAGAGGAGCGACUACGACUCGCUGAACAAAAAGUUAAACUGAGUUUGGAGCUCAAUGCAGAGUCUAUAUCUAGCGCCGUCAACUUCUAUAUCGAGAAAAAGGUUCACCAGUUAUCAGAUCUAAAGGGCUACGAUGAAAGGACCUACAGCGAAAUCAGGGACUACCUCUUCAACAAUGCAAAUGAUACAUUUCUCUGGGUGGCAUUAGUCUGUCAGAAUCUCACAAGAUAUCCACGAUGGAAAGUUCUUAAGAUGUUGAACACUUUUCCACCAGGCCUCGAUUCUCUAUACGAACGCAUGAUAGAACAGAUGACAACCAUAAACGAUAGUAGCGAUAGUAGCGAUAGUAUCGAUAGUAGCGAUAUCAGUCUCUGCAAGCAAAUACUGGCCGUCAUGAUGAGCGUAUAUCGUCCUAUUACGCUACAGGAACUCGGUUGCCUCAUCGAAAUCCCAGAGGACCUGAAACUUUCGACUGACAUCGAAUUUCUAAGGGAGAUUGUGGCGCUCUGCGGGUCAUUUUUGACCAUCCGGGAAGACAUUGUUUACUUUAUUCACCAGUCUGCUAAAGACCAUCUCUCUAAGAAUGACCAUGUCCUAUUUCCUCUCAGUCUGAAGGACACGCACCACAACAUCUUUUCUCGUUCGCUACGAGCCAUGAACAAGAUUUUAAGGAAGAACAUUUACGACCUGAAAGACCCUGCAUACCUCACGGGAAAUGACAUUAGCAUGCCACAUGCAGGUCCAGAUCCUCUGUCCCCCAUUCGAUACUCCUGUAUACACUGGGUCGACCAUAUUAGGGAUAAAAACGCCCUCGGAAGGGACGAUCUUGGAGACGACGGUAUCGUAUCGUCGUUCCUCAGGAAGCAUUUACUUCACUGGUUUGAGGCUUUAAGUCUCAUACAACACGUGUCAGCCGGCGUCGUCUCGAUAGCAAUGCUUGAGACCAUACUCACAACAUACUCAUCUGCAUUAGUAUUCAGCCCUAUGAAGAGCCUAGUACGACAAGCCUUCCAUCGAGAAAUCCCAUCGUGGAUACAGGAGGAGCCAGCAGUCAAAGAUAAUUGGAGCCCUUGUUUACAGACGCUAGAGGGCCAUACCGCUUGGGUGACUUCAGUAGCCUUCUCAGCAGAUCACAAACAUAUUGCUUCAGGAUCGAAGGAUAAUACCGUCAAGAUAUGGGACGCCGUUACAGGAGUAUGCCUCCAAACCCUCGAAGGACACACUGAUUGGGUAACUUCAGUAAUUUUCUUGCCAAACAGUGAGCAAGUUGCGUCGGGGUCAGUUGAUGAAACUAUCAAGAUCUGGAAUGCAGCAACAGGCAAUUGCGAUGAGUCGCUUGAAGGCCACACUGGUGCAGUUCAGUCUGUAGCCGUCUUGUCAGAUAAUCAGAUCGUCUCCGUAUCACACGAUCAAACAAUCAAGAUCUGGGAUAUUUUAACAAGCGCUUGCAUCAUGACAAUCAGGGGACAUGACGAAUAUAUCACAUCAGUAGCUACCUUUGCAAACGGCAAUAUCGCUACAGGAUCAGGCGAUGCGACCAUCAAGAUAUGGGAUUCAAGUACCGGUACAUGUGUUCAGACACUAAAGGGCCAUAUUGCGUGGAUAUGCUCGGUGGCUUUCCUGAAUAGCCAGCAAGUUAUCUCGGGGUCGGAUGAUGAGACCAUCAAGGUCUGGGAUAUAGCUACAGGGGAGUGUGUUCAGACACUAAGACAUACCGAUUCUAUCUGGUCACUAGCUAUUGUGGCGCCUGGUCACGUUGCUUCGGGAUCAGACGACAUGAUCAAUAUCUGGGAUGUAGCUACAGGCGCGUGUAUUCAGACACUACAAGGGCACACCGAUUAUAUCAAGUCGAUAGCUACUAUAUCCCCUGAUCAGAUUGUGUCAGGUUCACAUGAUGGAACAAUCAAGAUUUGGGACCUAUCCAUAGGCACGAGCGAGAAAAUCUUUGACAGCAAUAGUCGUCUUGUUCAAUCAACGGCUUUGUCGUUAGAUGGGCGACAAGUCGCUUCAGGCUUAACGGAUGACAGAAUCAAGGUCUGGGAUGUGGAAACAGGCACCUGUAUCCAGACACUCGAGGGUCAUAGCGACUUUGUGACGUCCAUCAUCUUUCUUAAGCACGGUCAGAUUGCCUCAGCCUCAUGGGAUGGGAUGGUUAAAGUCUGGCAGGUUGAUACAGGCGCUUGUGUUCAGACACUCAAGGCUGAUGGAGCGGUCUACUCAAUAGCCUCCUCGGCAAACAGCAAGUAUAUCGCUUUGGGUUUAAAAAAAAAGGUCGAGAUUUGGAACGUGACUAAGGGCAAGUGUAGCUGGAUUCUUGAUGACACAGGUUUUGUCAGUUCACUCGCCUUCUCUAUGGAUUCUCAACAGCUGGUCUUGGGAUCGGGUACUUUUGAGAAUAAGAUUACGAUCUGGGAUAUCGCUACAGAAAGAUGCACUCAUACACUCGCGGGCCAUAGCGAAAUAUUAUCAGUGGCCUUUUCUUCGGACGGGCGAUAUGUUGCCUCGGCAUCCGCGGACAGCAUAGUCAAAGUCUGGGAUUUGGCUGAAGAAACGUGCGUCCAAACACUCGAAAUUGGCAUAAUACACCGCCUUUCAUUUGACCCGGCGGCGAACCACAUCUAUAGUGACAUCGGCAUGAUAGAUCUGGAUAAACACCAAGGCCGGGACCAAGGCCGGGACCAAGGCCGGGACCAAGAUCGGGACCAAGAUCGGGACCAAGAUCAGGGUCAGGAUUCGAGGUCUGUUGCCACUAGAGGAUACGGCUUAGAUAGGAAUCACGAGUGGAUUACGAAGGGCGGGAGACCUCUCCUGUGGUUGCCCGUGGAAUAUCGAUCCUUUACUUCGGUCAUCGUGGAAUCCUCAAUUGUUUUCUGCAAGUCGGACCGUAUUCUUAUAAUAAAGUUUUUAGACCCACGGCCAGAUAUAUAG